UUCAGAAGAAUCGAUUGUUUUGUCUCCCGCAAUUCUGUUUCUCACGAGUUUUCAAGAUUUUGAUAAUUUGGAGUAACAAGUCAUUGUCAGUCAGCAAAAAACCUCCGACAUUCAUUCUUGAACAUUCGAUAUUAUAUUUCCACAGAGCUUGGGAAUAUCUGAAGUUUCCCAGGAUGGUUCUGACUAAGGAGUACAGGAUAUGCAUGCCUUUGUCUACGGAAGAGUACCGGGUGGGACAACUUUACAUGAUCGCGAGGCAUAGUCAUGAGCAGUCGGACGCUGAUGAGGGAGUGGAGGUCGUGGAGAACUCUGAAUGUGAAGAUCCAGUGCAUGGAAAAGGACAGUACACUGAGAAGAGAAUUCAUUUAUCGAGCAAACUGCCAUAUUGGAUCCAAGCACUCAUCCCCAGGAUAUUCUACGUCACGGAAAAAGCCUGGAACUACUAUCCCUUCACUAUAACAGAAUACACUUGUUCUUUCCUCCCGAAAUUCCAAAUCUCCAUCAGAACUCGGUACGAGGACAACAAUGGAUCAACCGAAAACUGUUUAGGAAUAACCCCAGUAGAAUUGUUGCAACGAGAUGUCGAUUUCAUCGACAUAGCAUACAACGAGCUCUCUGCGAAGCACUACAAAGAGGAAGAAGAUCCCAAAUUCUUUCAGUCGAAGAAAACAUCUCGAGGACCACUUGUUGAAGGCUGGCAUGACACGACAAAUCCAAUUAUGUGUUCUUAUAAACUUGUGGAUGUCUCCUUUGAGGUCUGGGGCCUGCAGACACGUGUAGAGGAAUUUAUACAUAAGUGUAUCCGGGACAUACUCCUCCUUGGUCAUCGUCAGGCCUUCGCCUGGAUCGACGAGUGGGUGGAGAUGUCUAUAGAAGACGUCCGGGAGUACGAAAAGAAGAUGCAUGCAGCGACAAACCAAAAAAUGCAGUUCAAAACCGAAGAGGAAAUCAACUCCACAUCGGCAAAACCACUUGGAUCCACUCCGUCCUCACCCAAAAGUCCGAAUGAAUCUGCUAAUCGUUCUUGGUUCUCUUGGUCGUAACUGGAGAGUUUUAAUUAAAUGAUAAUCACUAGUGAUUAUUGUUUAGUGAUACUGAUGGUCCUAAUUAUUUCUUUCUAGUGUAAAUAAUUUCAUUGCAAUUUUGUGAUUGAGAAGAAAUUAGGUUUUUCUAGGACAUUCUGAGUCACAACCAUAUGAAUAUCUCGAAAUGAACAUUUGGUCUAUCGCAGAAAAAUCUCGAAAACUUUGAAAAGAAAAGAAAUUCCAAUUUCUGAAAAUGAGAUGAAACGAGUAUUUUGGUUGGUAAAAUUUCCGGCGUUUUUCAAAUGAGAAGACCAUUUUCGCUUCUCUCCUUAAAAGAUUCAGUGAAAGAGUGAAUAAUUGAUCUUGAUAUUUUUUUCUAAAAACGUGAUAAUCUCCAGGAGGAGUGGUUCUACGUCAGAAAGUCGAAAGACAUUUUUUACGAAAUUUUCUGCUCUGCAAAAAAGAUUUCUUUUACAUUUUCUCGUAAAACCACUAGUUUUUAGAAUAAUUUCAUUUUCAAGAAAACGUAAUCAUGGAUUAUUACCACUUGAAUUUUGAAUUGAAUAUCCGUCUCAGUUUUUUAGGACAAUUCAGGAAUUCAGAGAGAUCGAAUAUUGUAGUGAAAGUUGUUGUAUUCCUCGGGAAAUUUUCAAUGAAAAAUACUGCUUAUGAAUCCUCUCAUCUCCUUGAAAAUAUCGAGAUAUUUGCAAUUUCCAUCGAACCAAAAUAAAUCAUUUUUUGGAAUUUUUAAAGAAUUUUCAUAGAUCAAAUAGUUAUCCAGAUUUUUUUCCUGAAAAGAAUGUUCUUGGCUAUCCAAUGGGCUUAAUUUCGACCCCUCAAACUCUGGAGUGGGAGUCCUUGAUCACAAAAUUCUUCAUUCAUCACAUGAAUAGUCGACAAACUUAAUUAAAAACCAUUAAAUAAUUUUUUGGGCACUCUAAGAGCCCCAGAUUUUUCAAAUUCAGAUCUGUGAUCUCAAAAAUGCGUUCGUCUUUUCCCGAAACUAAUCGUUCUGUGCAAAAUUAUUUGUGUAAUUUUGUUUUUGUCCAAUACGUAUUGAGUGAACAAAAUUGAAUUCUAUAAUGAAGCACGUGAAAGAUCAAAUAUUUAAAUAAUUCAUGAUCGUUGAUGAGCUUUACAAUGUACUUGAUUACAGGUUCGUUGAAUUUGAGAUGAUACUGAAGAAUUGAAACUGUAAUUGUGUAAUAAAAGUGUAUGAAACAACA